AGUAGGUUAAGAAAUGCCCAACUUUUAUUCCUAUCUUGACAAGGAUGUAGAAGGGAAGAUUGCCAACCUAAAAACAGAAAGAGGACCAGAGAAACGAUCUGACUGUUGCCUUUGAAAUGGCUGGGAAAGUUCUCCUGAUAUACCUGACUAUCUACCCUGCCCUCCAGAUCAGGACAGACAGUACGGAGGAGUACGACUAUGAUUAUCUCAGCAUCAAUAAGACCUGGGUCCUGACGCCAAGGACCCACGAGACCGAUGCCACCCAGAUCCUGAACACACUGCUACUGAACUAUGACAACAAGCUGAGACCUGACAUUGGCAUCAAGCCCACGUACAUCGAUGUGGAUAUUUAUGUGAACAGCAUUGGUCCAGUGUCUGUCAUCCAGAUGGAAUACACCAUCGAUAUCUUCUUUGCUCAGACCUGGUAUGACCGCCGUCUCCGUUUCAACAGCACGCUCAAAGCGCUGACCCUGAAUAGCAACAUGGUGAGCCGCAUCUGGAUCCCUGACACCUUUUUCCGGAACUCUAAGCGGGCUGAUUCCCACUGGAUCACCACACCCAAUCAGCUGCUCAGGAUCUGGAAUGAUGGGAAGGUGUUGUACACUCUCAGGCUUACCAUUGAGGCAGAAUGCCUCCUUCAGCUGCAGAAUUUUCCAAUGGACACUCAUUCCUGCCCUCUCAUCUUCUCCAGCUAUGGAUAUCCCAGAGAAGAGAUAAUCUACCGCUGGAGGCGUUAUUCCAUCGAAGUAUCUGACCAACGCUCCUGGAGACUCUACCAGUUUGACUUUACAGGGUUGAGGAACACAUCAGAAGUCCUCAGGACUGGAGCUGGGGAUUAUAUGGUCAUGACGGUUUCCUUUGACCUGAGCAGGAGGAUGGGCUACUUUGCUAUUCAGACCUACAUCCCUUGCAUCCUGACUGUGGUUUUGUCCUGGGUUUCCUUCUGGAUCAAAAGAGACUCUACCCCUGCCAGGACAUCGCUGGGGAUCACUACCGUGCUGACCAUGACCACCCUGAGCACAAUUUCCCGCAAGCAUCUUCCACGGGUUUCCUACAUCACCGCCAUGGACCUCUUUGUCUCAGUUUGCUUCAUCUUCGUCUUUGCUGCCCUGAUGGAGUAUGCCACCCUCAACUACUUGGUGGGGAACAAAAAGCCAGUGGAAUACAGCGGCAGGAAACCCAAACUGCCUCCCUCCGGGGCCAACGCCAUGCCCUCCUUCACUGCCAUUACCAUCAACAACGUCAUACACUGGCCCCCAGAGGGCCCCGAGGAAGAAGAGGAGCGGCACCCCAGCUCUUCCUGCUUAGAAGGGAAGGAGUGUGAGAAGUUCUUCUGCUGCAUUGAAGACUGCCAGACUGGGACAUGGCGAGAAGGAAGAAUCCGCAUCCACAUCUCCCGUCUGGACUCCUAUUCCCGGGUCUUCUUUCCCACGGCCUUCCUUCUGUUCAACAUUGUCUACUGGAUUGCUUACCUGUACCUCUAGGUGUCCCUCUCCCCUCCCUUUGACAGGAAAGAUCUGCCAGUAUUUCACACAGAAGACCGUAAACAACAGAAAAGAGAUUAAAAAAAGAACCAGUUUACAAUUUCUUCCUCCCACGCCCCCACUCAUGUUAAGGAAUUUAGUCUCCUCUGACCCUUUCUCUAAUUCUGCGGGGGUUCUCCUGGGACCCUCCCUCUUAGGCCCAUGUACCCCAAAAAGAGCUACCCCAGAAGACCCUAGUUCCCUUGGCCUUCUCCACCCUUGUUAUGUCUGCCUGGAUGGGGUAAGGAUGUGGAACAGGCCAGACAACGAUAUCCCAAGAAUUCCAAACUUGAGGAGGGCAGGGAAAGAAGAUAUGGAGAGAUAAGGAGAGUCUGCAUGAAGAUUCCUUUCUAUUUGAAAUAUUCAUCCUUCUUUCAAUGGCUAAAAAAAAAAAAGAAAAACAGACUUAGGAAAAAUACUGUUGAAAGACAGCCUUGUUCUGGAUAUGGCCAGGAGUCCCUUCUAUAGAUCAUAGCUGAAGGGUUCCACUGCCCUUUCGUUUAUUUUUCCACGAGCAAUUGCUUCCGGAACAGAGUCCACAAAGGAAAACAUACAACACAUCAGCUUAGAAAUCUUGGCACCUCCGAGAGUGGCUGCACAUCCUUCUUUCUCCCGAUGACGCUGCCCGGAAUUAAACUCGGUCCCACCUCUCUCUCGGGGCCCAUUCGCUGCUUUUGUAAUGAUGCAGACCUCCUUGUUAUCUCUGCCACAAUACCCCCGUGGCACUUCAUCGCUGUUAUUGCCCUGCCCACAAGCAGUGGCUUAGAACUCAGCCGCACUGGCAUCAUCUAGCCUGGGAGUCCUCCCACCUGGCAGCCACAGAGUUACAGCCUGUUGCUAUGUGGAGGCAGGUAGUUCCUAUCUGUCAAUCUGCCACACUGGCUCCAUCUCAGUCAUGUCUCAAGAGGACACUAUCAAUUUGGGGCCCUCUGCCAUAUUGCUUAUGCUGGUUUGCUUUAAACAAAGUGAUGCACAUAUGCACGCAUGCAUACUAUGUAAUCCCACUGCCAUUUUGACAUGUGCCCAGAACAGUCCAUCAGUAAAUCAGUUGUAUUAUGGAGUGCUUACUACGUGCAGAGCACUUAACCAAGCUCCUGGGAGGGUACGACAUGUUAUAUAACAUGUCCUGAAGCUCUGUUGUCACUCCCUUCUCUCUCCCCCAGCAGUAUUUAAUGUGACCGUCAGAUCCGGAACCUGUUUGAUUGGUGUGAGAAGAACUGGAAGGGAUAUGUGACUUUGGUUAUCAGAGGUAUAUCAGAGGUAUAUCGGAGAGAGAGAGACCCAAUGUCUUUUCCUAGUUUUAUCAUUAUCAGCCUGCCUCCAGGCCCUGUUACCCCUAUUCUUCCCCACAACCUUCCAUUGGGUUCAAAGGGCUGUCCUUGGUGGGCAGAGGUGGGUGGAAUCAAGCUUCGGUGCAUUCCCUAUCACUUCUUUUACAGUUGUUCUUGUCCACACACAGGUCUGUGGCAUUCCCUUUUGCAGGAAAGGAGCCAGAAACCUGGCACCACUUGGCACAGCUGCCCUUUCCCCAGUCACCUGCUCUCACCCACUCAACCCCAUGGAUUGAUUAUUCCAGUUCCUCAUUCGAUGCAGGGCAUCCAGAGGGCAUUUGAUGAAUAUUUAAUGGUGAUAUCAAGCAGGAUGCAUCAGGUCUCUCUCUCUUUGCCCGCGCACCUCUCAGAGGCUCUUUUAACCUGGUCUGGGCCCCAUUCCAAUCUCUGCAUAGUAGGAUCAUGUCAUUCUGAUUGAGGCAGACCCAAGUGUUAGCUCUAGAGUGAUGAAAAAAGGCUGGAGAUAAUCCCCUCCGGAUCAUUUGGCUACUCUUCCACAAGGCAAUCAGUAAAAAAUAGCCGAUUAUUGGGAUCCUCCUUGUUAACUAGCUUCUCCAUUCACAUCUGAGCUCACUCUUUCUAGGGCAACUCACAUGUACCAGUGGCAUCGUGUCUUUGGGUUCCUCUCCAUGAGCCAUCAUUAGCGAUGACAUUAGGCUAUCAGGAUCUUGCUGGUUACAAUCCAGAAACCCUCUCCCCCCCUCUGAUACCUGCAACAGACAGCUGUCCUGGCUGAAUCCUGUUAGUCUCCUCAGAAACCAUGGACAGUAGAGCACAAGGAUCUCCCUCCAGGCAGUUGCUGGGUUUGGGCCAGGUACAGUGACCACCGAUGGCCAGGAGUGGAAGGGAGAUGAAUGUUCCAACAACUCAGCGUCAGGUCUCUGGUUACCACAUCCCAGCCAUGCAGCUGCCUCAUUGGGACUGCAUGAAGAUACUUUCUUACCUUGUGACGUAAAUCUAGACACCUCCCAAUGCUUCUGACCAUGGAAAGUUAUAUAUUUGUAAUGUUCUGGGAGAAAAGGCCAAUCUGCUUUCUUCCGAUUAAACUUUAGAAAAAACAAUUAAAUAUAUUACAAAAUCAUA